CGCCUCGUUUGUAACCCAUAGUUGUGUGCUGCUCUCGCCGUUCAUGGUAAUCGUGUUGGUGGUGGUGUGUGCUUGUCGCCGUUUUCUCCCCAUCGCUGCCAUGAGCGCCUGCGUGUGAUUUGAACACAACAGAGCACCGCGGAAACGAAAAGUGGUUGCAUUCUUCUGCGUGGCAAGCAGCAAGACAAAGGCAGGCCGGGUGGUGAGGAGGAGGGGGGCCAUGAGUAGCGUUGCCGAGUGAGCAGGACCGUCACCCCCGUGACCCCUCUGCGUCCCCUGGUGGUCGUGCCUCGCCGGCAGUCAGGGGUCCCAGUGGCCCCUGCGUGGCCUCUGGCGCCAUGAAGAUAGAGCGCAGCCGGCUCAAGAAGAGCUCCUCGGAGGUGCCCCUGGACUGCAAGCUCCUGGUUGAGCGGCUCAAGAGCUGCACCCAGGAGGAGCUGCUCCAGGAGCUCAAGGCAGUCAAGAGCUGGAACUGGGGCAAAUGUGAGCUGUACCACUGGAUCGAUGUUCUGGAUCUGUUUGACUCGCUGCUGGAGGCGGCGUGCCAGACUACACAUGAAGGCCAGUGGUGUCUGCCAUGUGACAGCCCUGGCCGAGAGCAGGAGAAGGAGCUGCUGUUGUACAUUCUCCAGUUUACAGCCCUCCUGAUCGAACACAGCUUCUCCCGGCACCUCUACAACUCCAUGGAGCACCUGACGGCACUUUUGUCUUCAAGCGACAUGCAAGUUGUGCUGGGUGUCCUCAACCUCCUCUACGUUUUCAGCAAACGUUCCAACUUCAUCACAAGGUUAAACCCUGACAGGCGGCAGGCCCUCCUUACACGGUUGACAUACCUGGCAGAGAACUGGGGAGGCAAAGAGAACGGUUUUGGCUUGGCCGAAUGCUGUAGGGAACUCCCAAUGAGUAAAUUUCCAGCCAGUGCCACAACGCUUCACUUUGAGUUCUACAUGGAGCCUUCAGAUGGCACGGGAGCCAAGAAACAGCCCUCCACCACCGUCUCCGUCAUCCACAUGGAAAAUGUGGACAAGAUUACGAACAAGAACCCGUCGCAGAUCAUGGAGGAACUGCUGGAAACAUACGCUGUCCCACCAGCCAAACAUAUGCUGCUGCUGACACAUGUUCGGUUAGCGCACAGUUUUUCCAGCUACCCGAAACGGCUACAGUGUGUUCAGGCACGGCUUCAAGCACUCUCCAUACUUGUGUACUGCAGUGCAAUCCAGGACAACAUCAACAGUCUCCUGUACAACGGCCUCAUUGAGGAGCUUGUGGAUGUUCUCGAAUUGAAAGAUCCCAAUCUUAUAGAAAUCAAGGCUGCUUCUCUAAGAACGCUGACCUCUAUCAUUCACCUAGACCGCAAUCCAAAGCUUGGCGCCAUUGUGGAUGCGACAGGCGCGGCGUCGUACCACGGCUUUCUCCCUGUGCUCGUCAGGAGCUGCAUUCAGUCGCUCACAGAACCUGGUGCCGACCCAUUUCCCUUGCCCUUUGCCACUGCACUUUUUUCGUUCCUGUACCACUUGGCCAGCUACGAGAGCGGUGGGGAAGCAUUGGUGUCCUGUGGAAUGGUGGAAUCUCUUCUGAAAGUGAUUGGCUGGCACGGCACAGAGCCAGAGCACAUAACGUUUGUGACUCGCGCGGUGCGUGUCAUAGACCUCAUCACGGGCCUGGACAUGCAGACAUUUCAGGCUCACGGUGGCCUCAACAGCUUCAUCCGCCGACUUGAGCUGGAAGUGGAGCAUUGCAGGAAGGAACAGCCAUUUGCCAUCCGGCCUCGACACCGAGAGCCCUCUGUCGCCUCGACGGAUGAGAAUGCAGCCCAGGAUCCCACGCCAAUGGAAGUGGACCAGUCACCAAGGAGUGAGCCAGUGGCCUCCACAUCAGCCAGGGGUGAUGCUGGUGUUGAUAGCCUUGAAGGCGCAGUGCCGCCAUCAGCUGUUGCAUCCAGCGACGCAGAUGAGGAACCAGAAAUCCGCAGAGGCCUUCAGUGCUUCCCUCAGCGGGCAGCGCUUCUCAAGUCGAUGCUCAACUUUCUCAAGAAGGCGAUCCAGGACCCAUCGUUUGCGGACAGCAUACGGCAUUUGAUGGAUGGCUCCUUGCCACGUUCGUUGAAGCACAUCAUUAGCAACUCGGAGUACUAUGGUCCGUCUUUGUUCCUAUUAGCCACCGACGUGGUCACAGUGUAUGUCUUCCAGGAGCCAUCGCUCCUGUCCUCACUGCAGGACAAUGGCCUCACAGAUGUUGUUCUCCAUGCCCUUCUAGUGAAAGAGGUGCCAGCGACUAGGGAAGUCCUGGCAUCCCUACCCAACGUGUUCAGUGCACUGUGCCUCAAUGCCCGAGGUUUGCAAGCAUUUGUUGCCUGUCGACCGUUCGAACGACUCUUCAAGGUUCUACUGUCGCCAGACUACCUGGCUGCCAUGCGUCGGCGCCGGUCAUCAGACCCAAUGGGGGACACGGCGUCCAACCUGGGUAAUGCCAUGGACGAACUCAUGAGGCAUCAGCCGAGUCUGCGAGUUGAUGCCACGGCAGCCAUUAUCAAGCUUUUAGAAGAGCUUUGCUCAGUUGGCCGCAACCCGGCUUUUGUGUGCUCGCGGCCGGCAGCCAAGAGCGAAGUGGCCGGAGUCUCUGGCAGUGGGGCCCAGGCCUCCAGUCACGGGGGCGGGGCCUCCGGGGGCGGAGCCGGCGGUCGAGGCUCGGGACUGGCCAACGAUGCAGGCUCCUCAGACGAGGAGGAAGAAGAGGAGGAUGUGGACCCGGCACCCACGGUCCCAUCAACACCGAAAGCGAACGAUGAAGGCAAGGCAGCGUCGGGCACUGGGGGCACCACCGCCGAGGCACGCACGCCGGUGCCUCUGGUGGACUACAUCCUGAACGUGAUGCGGUUUGUGGACGCCAUUCUGAGCAACAACUCGACUGAUGACCACUGCCGCGAGUUCGUCCAGCAGAAGGGGCUCGUGCCCCUCAUGAGCAUCCUGGGUCUGCCCAACCUGCCCGUCGACUUCCCGGUCUCGCCGGCCUGUCAGGCAGUUGCGUCUGUGUGCAAGUCUAUCUUGAAUCUGGCGCACGAGGCCCAGGUGCUGCAGCAGGGUCUCACCCACCUGGGCGCUGUGCUGGCGAGCCUUGAGCCCCUGCACAAGCCCCUGGAUCCCCCAGGGGGAUCUGUGCUGCUCGAAGAGCUGCUGGGGGCCCUAGCUGCCUCCCAAGGAGCGUCGGGCAGUGGCAGCGAGGGUGGCGAGGGUGGCGUAGCAACAGCGACGACGCAGCAGCAAUCACCCCUGCUUCAUGCGAUGGCUGCCACCCAUGCCUACAUCGUGAUGUUUGUCCACGUCUGCCGCACAGGCCAGAGCGAGAUCCGAUCCAUCUCCAUGAGCCACUGGGGCUCUGAGCUGGGCCUGGGCGUGCUGCGGGGUCUCUCCCGCCUCUACACCUCCCUCGUCUGGGAGAGCACCGUGUUGCUGGCCCUGUGCAACGACUCUGCUCUGCCUCCGGGCUGCCCCUUCGGCCGCCACCAACUCCAGAGGCUGCAGGGCACGCUGCAGAACAUGCCAGAUGUGGCAGCAAGCUCGUCGGGAACGGCCCUGGACGACUCGCCGCCGCAGAAUGGCAUGGAGGUGGAUGUAGGAAUAGCCGACAGCCCUGGAGGGGCAGCAUCAUCUACCUCGGUUGACGGCAAGGCCAACAAGGCUCGCUCGCAGGCAGCAGUCAAACAAAUCAAGCCCUUGCUGACGGGAGCAUCACGGCUGGGACGCGCUCUCGCCGAGCUGUUUGGUCUCCUUGUCAAGCUGUGUGUGGGCUCCCCGAUGCGUCAGCGACGUGGUCAGCAGGUGCCGCCAUCCCCCACGGCCCCGUCCCCUUCUGCACGAGCAGUGGCUUCUGCGCUGACCAGACUACUGGCCAAUGGUCUGUCCUGGGAGCCACCCCUGACCUCUCCCAUGCCAAAGUUUAGGCUGACCUUCUACAUCUGCUCUGUCGGCUUCACAUCGCCGAUGCUGUUUGACGAACGCAAGUACCCGUACCACCUGAUGCUGCAGCGGUUCCUCUCCUCUGGAGGACAGGAUGCCUUCUUCGAGACGUUCCGUUGGGCUCUGACGUGCGGCGGCAAGGUGCCCCUGAAUGAAGGGCUGGAAAGCCCCGAACUGCCAGAAGGCACGGGCGAGUUCCUCGAUGCCUGGCUCAUGCUGCUCGAGAAGAUGGUGAACCCGCGCAUGGUGCUGGAGUCGCCCCACACUCUGCCUGCCCGGUCAGCGACUUCUGGGGCGGUGCCGGCGUUCAGCCCAGUCCUCUACCUGAUUCAUACCCACAAGCGGGCCUUCGACGCCAUCAUGCAGCUCUGGGACCGCAAGCCCCUGAAGGUGUAUGGCGACCGCAUGUCCGAGUCCAUGCUGGCCAUCCUCUGCCACCUGCUGCGUGGGGAAGGUCUCAUCCGGGAGAAGCUUGCUAAGGAAAAGGAAGCAGCAUCGGCAGUUGGUAGUUCGGCAGCAGCGGCCACCUCUGCAGUGUCGGAAGGUGCGCUAUUACAUGGUAGUGUCCGGUCCUCUAGAGGGGCCCUGGCAGCACCCUCGCAUGAAGACAUCAACCAGGACCACCUGCAACAGUUGAUGGACAUGGGCUUCUGCCGAGAGCUGGCCACGGAGGCCCUUGCACACUCGGCCUCUCUGGAGCAGGCCACUGACUACCUGCUCAGCCAUCCGGCACCCUUGGCACCAAGUGCAUCUGGGGUCAUCCCAGGGGCCGCUGGAUCGCCUUCGGGUGCAUCCGGACAGCCAUUGGCGGACUUGCCUGGUUCCGAUUUGGAGAUGUCGGAGGAAGACCAAAUGAUGCGGGCCAUUGCCAUGUCCUUGGGUGAAAACGUCACGGCAGGACAGGCUAAAGAAGAUGACAAAGUGAUGCGCGACGAAGAGGAGGACGAUGAAAAAGUCCAGCCGGAAGAAGAGCCGGCCGAGUCGUACGUGAUGGACCGCUUCACAGAGAACAUGCUGCCGGGUUGCCUGCGCUUGCUGGACGCCCUGCCCGAGACUGUCUACCGUGUCUGUGACCUGCUGGGUGCUGUGGUGGCGCGCAACGGAGUUGUGUGGCGUGACCAGAUGCUUGCCAGCCUGCUCCAGGAGGUUCGGACUACGGUGACGUCCCUGCUAGAGAUAGCACUGCGGGACGACUUGCCCCAGGCGGAGCAGGCUGUUCAACUUGCCACACUUCCCGUGGCCAACAUGGCUGCCGUCCGCAUCCACCUGUUCACCCUGCUCUUUGAGGAGAUGCGCCUGCCGUGUGCCACCCUGCUAGAGGAGCAGAGCCUGGUGGACCUUCUGGUGCAGCUGGUGGACGCUGCCCAGCAGGUGCUGGUGCUGCCCACUCUGCCAAAGGAGCCACCCGCCACACCCAAGUGGUUGGUGUCUCUGAUCCUGCUUAUAGACUUGUACGAGAAGGCAUCGGUGGCGUCCAAGAGGAGAGCACCUCUGCUUCAGCUGCCCAAACGACAGUGGAAGUGGUUUGACGAUCGGACGGGGCGGUGGAACGCCUACACAGCUCUGAACAACAAAGCCAUCGACGAUGCGUACUGUGCCGUCGAACCCAGCGUCCACUUCACAGCUGGGCGGCGCAAGUACACAGUGCAGUUUUCAACAAUGGUGCAGAUCAAUGAAGAGACUGGCAACUGGCGCCCAGUCAUGCUUGCCUGGGACGGCAAGCCGCCCUCGGCAACAAGUGCCACAGCGGGCGGGUCGUCAGCCACCACAAGUGAUGCUGGUGCUGGAACAAGUGCCGGCACCGGAGCUGCUGCCACUGCACCACCCAGUGUGCCACCCACCACCACCACCACCACCCCUGCAACGGUGGCAUCUGCUUCUGUGCCAACAUUGUCGUCUGCUUCUGCUGACGCAGCCGGUGCAGUCGCUACUGCCGGAGCUGACUCUGGAAAUGCAUCGGCGUCAUCAACAACGCCUGUGACACCAACGACAGUGAAGGGCUUGAGCCCACACCAGUGCUCGACAUUGAUCAGGGCAUGCGUUGGCCUGCUCAGCAUCCCCGUGGAGCCGGACACGCUGCACGGGGUGCUGCGGUUGUCUCUGCGACUGACGCGGUGCCACGAGGCUGCGCAGGCGUUUGCCGCCCUGGGAGGGCCUCGUCUGCUGCUGGGCCUCACUCAGGCAUCGGCCUUCUCUGGAUUUGCCUCGCUCGCCUCGCUGCUGGUGCGACACGUGGUCGAGGAGCCGCCCACCCUGGCACAUGCCAUGGACAAGGUUGCGCGCACCAUGGCAACAGCGGGGGGCAGUCCUGUGAGCUCCAAGGAGCUGCACUAUGUGCUGCGGGUGCUGGGUCCAGCCGCCUGCCGUGACCCAAAACUCUUCCAGGGGGUGGCCACCAAUGUCCUCCGCAUCUCCCUUUUGCCGAUGUCCAAGAGAGCUGAAGAGGAAGAAAGCCGAUACACGAGCAGCAACGCUGUGCAGAUCCUCAAGUGUGUCGCGGCCAAGGGGCCAACGAGCCCGCCUCCCGUAGGUGACGUGGUUGCCCAGGUGAUGAGCGACCUGCUCAAUGUCCUGCCCACCCCGUUGCCUACACCACCGCCUCAAGAAGGUCAAACAGAUGUGGCAUCUGACCCCAAUGGGAGCCCACCCUCGUCCUCCAAUGGAGUGAAGGCAGCCCUGCAGCGAGCACUCGCUCUACCAGAGACGGCGGAGAAGCAUGCCCGCAUCCAAGCGCUGACCGGUCUGGUCGGCACCAUGAUCGAGUCGUGUCCUCCUGCCCAGGCUGCCUCCUCUUUCCGGCAGCUUCAUGCCAGCAUGAACAACAUGGUGCGAGUGUUGCUGCGCCGAGGCCUGGUGACGGACCUGGCACGCAUUCCGCACAACCUGGACCUCUCCUCACCACACAUGGCUGCCACGGUCAACUCGGCCCUGAAGCCCCUGGAGACCCUGUCCCGCAUAGUCAACCUGCCCUCACAAGCUGCCCCAGGAAGUGGGCACCCCCGAGGUGGGCGAAAGGGGACGGGCUCCUCGCAGAGCGGAGGGGCGGGUCCCGGCGGAGCGGGCGGACCUGGGGGCGGAGCUGGCAGCUCCAGUCGCACACCGCUGCUGCUGGCCUCUCACGACGAGGGGCGGGAAGACGAGGAGGAAGUGCAUGCACGGGUGGGCGACGAGGAGCACCGAGACGGCGACGACGGGCCACCGCCUCUGGACCCUGUUGGGGGUCGAAAUGCUGAGAUGAGUUCAUCUGAGGCCACAAAUGCCUAUGGGGAUGUUACAGUCGACGACAACACUGACAGCGAAUCCCACGCCGUCCCCGAGGAAGCAGUUGUUGUCUGCAGCGACAGCGGCACUGUUUUGAAUGAGGCUGACGGUGUAGACCUGGUGGGCAUUGUGGACGCCCUGCUGGACAGGGACCCCAGUGACCUGACGGGUCGGGGCGAGCUAGCACUCAGAGUUGAGGCGCAAGAGGAACACGACUCACAGAUGAUCUCGCAGCGUGAUAUUGAGGAAGUGCACCAGGAGACAACGGACUCUGAAAGCAACUCAGACUCGGGACGCAGUGAAGAUGAAGUUGAGCAGGACGAAGAGAAUGAAGAUGAAGGUGACGAGGAAGCUGAGGACGAGGAUGAGGAUGAAGAGGAGUACCAGGACCUGGAAGAAGCUCUGUUUCGGAUGCAGGACCGGGACGACAACCUUUUCUUCCACUUUGAGGAAGUGUUCCCGUCAUCCGGCACGUCGAUCAUGUUUGGUGGCUCUGAGGGCAUCCGCACUUACCAGCUGCCUAUUGUUCCUGAUGAAAGUAACAAUGGUGCCGAGACGACCAGCCGCGCGGCGGUGGCAACAGGUCCGUCGAUUCCCCCACCCCCGGGCACGGUGGCGAGCACGCACCCACUUCUGGUGCGGCAUGGCGACCCCCAGUCCGGAGGUGGCCCCUCGUCGCGUCUGCACCGGCGCACCCGAGGUUUCCGCACGCAGGGUGCCACGCAUGGUGGCAGCAGCGGUACCUGGCAUGUGUACGCCAACCGCCACCCCAACCCCCCUGCCAUACUACAGAGGCUGUUAGGUCCCAACACCGCACAGGACAUCCUUCAGCUAACGUCAACAUUCAACCCUGUCGCAUCAUCUACCGCCCAGACAAGGGUGGUGUUUGCCAACAGCGACUUCCGGAUACUCGCUACCGACGAGGACAUUUUUGAGAUACAGGAUCCGGGCACAUUUGUGUCGAGCAGCGGCACAGGAACCUUGGCCAACAUCCCCACAGCCCUGGUGCGAUGGACCGAGGAGUCUCGAGUCCUGGAUGGAGACAGCAUGCACGACUGCGUCGCAGGCCUCAAGCCAGCCAUCCUGGAAGUUCUGGAGAGGCAUCGAGACGAAGAACUAGCCGAGCGGCGGGAGAAGCGGUGCAAGCUGCAGGAAUCGCAACCGGCAGUGGCGACGACAUCGUCUGCAGCACCCGUUAGCGCCAGCACUACCUCCACAACAACGGCCACUGCGGUUGCAGCCCAGGCAGAAGACGGCAACCACAAUCAAGAGAACGAGCGCACCAUGAUGCUGUUGGGGCCCUGGCCAUCAACGACAGGUGCCUCUUCGACAACGACAACAGCCACGACAAGCAGCCGGAACAUUCCACCAGCCGACUUGGACGAAGUGAUGGCUGCGGCUUCGUCCCUGUCUGGAUACGCUGCUCCCGUGUCACAGCCGCAACCACAGCAGACCUCCGUGACAGUGGCAACGGCGGCAGUGAGCGAGCCCUCGACAGUGUCGGCACGACUGGCAGCUAGGCCACCGCCUGACCCAGAACCGUUGGCGUCUGAGCCAGGGGCAAGUGAGUCAUCCCUGGCUGGCACAGAACGCCUGGCAGCUUCCAUCGUGGAGCGGGUGCUGGGACCUGCUCUGUCCAUGACGGCUGAACCUGCAACCUCAAUGCCACCAGGUGCUCCGCCCAUGAGCUGGCUUGAGGGUUUGGGCAGCACGGCACUCUCGGCUGUGGCAAGCGCCCUCCAGCAGUCGAGCAGCUGCGCAGGCGGCCUCUUCGCGGCUGCAAGCCAACCGUGCCCUAUGGACACUUCAGAGCCUACAACGACCACCACCACUACCUCGGGUGCAGCGGUGCCCUCUGAGGAGUUCGAAGAUGCCUUUAUUGCAGAUGGCCAGAACCUUAGCACAGACGAAGGAGACAGGGACACUGCAUCUCCAGACACGAGAGAAGCGGCCGCCAUUGUCGAGGAUGUUGGCUCCGAGGGAUCGCAACAGCCAGCCGAGGAAGUGGAAGCUGGGGUUCCUGUGCCAGCACAGCCACCUCCAGCACAACGUGCUGCCGAUGCAGCCGGGCCUUCUGUAUCGAACGAAUACGCAAGCAUCUUGGGUGAUGUGGAGAUUCCCGAAGGCGUGGACCCAUCUUUUCUGGCCGCCCUGCCCGAGAACAUCCGGCAGGAGGUGAUAGCAGAGCAGCUGAGGCUUCAGCGGCUGCGCACGCACGCCCAGCAGCAACAGCAACAGCAGCAGCAGGCGGCAGCCUCCUCUGCUGACGGCACUGCAACCUUCACAGAGGUCAACCCAGAGUUCCUGGCUGCCUUGCCUCCCAGCAUCCAGGAAGAGGUGCUGGCGCAACAGCGUGCAGAGCAGCAGCGGCUAGCCGCACAGAACUGCAACCCCGAUGCUCCCGUGGACCCGGCCUCGUUCAUUCAGACCCUGCCGCCAGGGCUGCGGCAGCAGGUGCUGGCCGACAUGGAUGAUUCUCUGCUGGCCCUGCUACCGGCAGAGCUGGCCUCUGAGGCGCACUCACUGCGGCGGGAACUUGAGGCCCGUCACCGGCAGAUGCAGGAGCGUUUCUUCUCCUCCCACGGGGGCACAGCUCUUUCGCGCAUACUCCGGUCGGCAGCGGGCCGCAUGGGCACACGCUACACGAUCCACACGGUGCCGCACCACCGAGGCCAGUGGACGUGGAAUGCGCUGUCUUCCCGGGGCGGUGCAGGUGGCGGCUCCUCUGGCGGUGGUGCCCUGGGCCCGCCAACCUCUCAGCAGGCUCGUGGCCGGCAGCUGCUGGACCACGAGGCCCUGGCCUGCCUGCUGGUGCUGCUGUUUGUGGACGAGCCACGCCUCAACACUGGCCGUUUGCACCGGGUGCUCCGCAACCUCUGCUACCACCCGCCCACACGACACUGGGUUGUCAAGUCCCUGCUGUCCAUCUUGGAGAAGACGAAAGAGAACAAGCCCCUGGAGGCUGGGGGUGCCUCAGUGGACGGCACUGCGGGCGCCAAUGCGGCCAGUCUCGGCUCGCAGCAGCAGCAGCACACAGCCCGAGGCAAGAAGCUGAGCAAGGCCCAGUCCACUGGCCUCCAGCAGCAGCAGCCGUCGUGGCUCUCCAUCAGUCUGGACGCCGCGCUGGGCUGCCGCACUAGCGUCUUCCAGAUCGUGCGGCAUUGCAGCAGCCGCCGCCCCUGCCCACAAGUCACCAUCCACCCCCAGGCGUCGCCGGUCGUCUGCCGGCAUGUUCUCGACACACUGAUCUCAUUGGCCAAGAGCUUCCCCGUCCAUUUCCUCCCGGAGAAAGUCCGUGGCGGACCGCCGGGUGCACCGCCAACUGGCAAGACAAAUGCGGGCGGCGCCAGUGCCUCGUGCCGCCCGUCAUCGCGGUCAGCACCCUCGACAUCGGGUGUGGCAUCACCCCUGGCUGCCGAACCGGGCAAGGACGGCGACUUCUGGAGCGUCCUGGUCCGGCUCGACUGCAACGCGUCGGGUGUCAGUGCUGGAAAGCGCACCCCGAAGGCUGCACCGCCGGAAGAGGAAGGCAACGCCGGGUCUUUCGAGUCAUCUCCCUUGGCCCAGCUGAUCUCGCUGCUGGCGCACCCCGUCGUGAAACGGAGCUCCGUGCUGACAGACCGCCUGUUGCGGCUAUUGGCACUGGUCUCCAUGGCGAUUCCAGACCAAGAGAGCAAACUACCACCACCUGCUGCUGCUGCCGCCGCCGCCGCUUCCGCUCCGGCAGCGGCGUCUACGUCCAACAACACCGCCACGCUGGACCUUGACGGGGCCCUGCUGGGUCGGGCAACCGAGGUUCCUUCGUGCUCUCGGCAGGAGCAGCAGCAACAGCCACAACAGCAACCACAGCAGCAGCUGCCUUCACAGCCGCAGCCACAGCCGCAUCACCCCCCUACAGUUGCCGAAGCCCUGGCAUCAUCGGUCGCUGCAGCUGCAUCAGCAGCAGCAGCAGCGGCAUCGGCAGCAGCAGCAUCAGCAGCAGCGGCAUCGGCAGCAUCGGCAGCAGCUGCAGCUGCAUCAUCGCCAGUGCCACCGGUUGUGCCAACUGCACCCGUAGCACCAACACCCGUGGCACCGGCACCCACUGCUCCGGCACCUGCAGUUGCGGCACCUGCUGCAGAAAAGGCUGCCCCAAGCAAGCCCAUGGAGGUUGUGGCCAUGGAAGACGAUUCUCCACAUGUGGAGAGUGUGGUGCUUGAACAGCAUCUCAAGCUUGCAGUCGAGACGCUGACGUCCAAAGCCUGCUCGGAGGAGGGCUUGGAAGACGCAACAUCUCUGCUGCUGCGAUUGUCGCGUGGAUGCCCCUCUGCGCGGCAGGUGGUGCUGCGGCUGCUGCUCGAGGGGGCGCGGUCGCUGGGUGCCACCGUUGAGACCUCCAUCGCUGCCUUGCUGGCCGAGCUGAGAACUCUUAAUGCACGCCUUGCCUCCGAGCGCCUUGCCUUGGAGGAGAAUGAGCGGGACGAUGCCUAUGCUGCGGGACGAGGUUCUGCUGUGUCCUCGCCACAGCCUGGCACGUCAGGCAUCCGGACCACGGCGGGCACCAUUCAGGACCGGUUCACGCACUCCACAGUGGUGAUCACAGCACCGGGUGGCUCCGUGGCCGGUCCUGGAGGUGCGCCCAGCAGCCGCCUUCCUAAGGGUGGCCGCGAGCUGCAGCUUCCCUCGAUGGGGGCGCUCACCUCGAAGAUGUCCUCGCAAGCGUUCUUCCUGCGGGUGCUCAAGGUGGUCAUUCAGCUGAGGGAGGCGGCACAUAGCAGCCUGCAGCAGCAGCAAGCAAGGAGGAGGCUGUCGGGGGCGUGCGACAUUCCCGCGUCGGCAGAGCCCCUGGCCUUCUCGUGGUCAACAGACUCGUUCACCACCAGCACGCCGCUUGCCGAGCGCGCAGCCUGCCCAGUGCAGCCUAACGCCAACAACCACAUGGAUGUCGAUGGGGCUGGCGCAUCUGGUAGUGCUGCUGCAGUUGCAGCCAAUGGGCAGAGUGCUUCUGCACAGCCGUUGGCAGCGUCCACACCAACACGGCAAAGUUCUGUACCAGCACCAGAAGCUGGCACCACAGACGAGCCGCUGCCGUUGAGUGAGGAGCUGAGGCUGGAUUCGCUUUGGAGCACCCUCAGUGACUGCCUUCUCGAGUUGGCUGAGACCCAGGACCAGCAUGCCGUGCUGGUUCUCCAGCCAGCUGUGGAGGCUUUCUUCCUGGUGCACGCCAGCGCACCUUCGGCUGCUGCAGCUACUGGCAGCAGCGCCGUUACAGGUGGCUCGCGGGACGCAGCUCCUCGCCGACGCGAGUACCGUUCGGAGAGCCGCGAAACCCAGCUGGCGCACAUCCACCAGGAGAUGGCACCCCUGUCGCCCCUGGCACAGCAGCAGGACGGCCAGCCGCCUGCCACGCCUGGCGCUGAGCGCCCCGCCGACGCCCACCUCCACCCAGAUGUCCAGAAGUUCCUGGGUUUUGCCGAGACGCACAGGACGGUAAGCUUGCUUUUAGCUAGAGUGCCCCGCUCGCAUAACUGUACCACAACCAUGGGUCGGCAGAAUAAGCAGAUAUGCAGUAAAACACCGGUGAUACGAUCCUGGCUGAGUUCGGGGCCCAGAGGGUCACUGGCCAACGGCCCCUGGUCCACUCUGGCCAACAGACCCUGGCUGACAGUUCGUUUGCCUGUGCCCGUUGACCACACAUGCAUGCUGGCCUUUGUUGACAAACAGCAGUACUUCCGGCACGAGCUCGAGCGGCUCGAGGAGGGCUCUCAUCGAGUAUACCUGGCAGUUCACGUGAGGCGUGAGCACGUCUUUGAAGACUCAUUCCGUGAGCUGCAUCGGAGGCCCCCGGAGGAGUGGAAGAACCACUUCUACAUUGUCUUCGAGGGCGAGGAAGGCCAGGACGAGGGCGGCCUGCUCCGGGAGUGGUACACCAUCAUCUCCCGGGAGAUCUUCAGCCCCAUGUAUGCCUUGUUCACAAUGUCGCCGGGCGACCGGGUGACCUACAUGGUCAACCCGGCGUCGCACUGCAACUCGAACCACCUGAGCUACUUCAAGUUCGUGGGGCGUGUGAUUGCCAAGGCAGUGUAUGAAAACAAGCUACUUGAGUGCUACUUUACGCGCUCCUUCUACAAGCACAUUCUGGGCAAGCCAGUCAAGUACACGGACAUGGAGAGUGAGGACUACUCCUUCUACCAGGGCCUGGUGUUCCUCCUGGAGCACGGCGUGCAGGCGCUGGGGUGCGAGCUGACUUUCAGCAUAGAGGUCCAGGAGUUUGGUGUGACCGAGGUGCGUGACCUCAAGCCUGGCGGCCGGCACCUGCCCGUCACGGAGGAGACGACCCAGGAGUACGUGCGCCUCGUGUGCCAGGAGAAGAUGACGGGCGCCAUCCGGCAGCAGCUCAACGCUUUCCUCGAGGGCUUCUACGAGAUCAUCCCCAAGCGGCUCAUUGGCAUCUUCAACGAGCAGGAGCUCGAGCUACUCAUCUCUGGCCUGCCCAGCAUCGACGUGGAUGACCUGCGGGCCCAUACGAUGUACCGCAUGUACCAGCCCACCUCUCUGCAGAUUGAGUGGUUCUGGCUUGCCCUGCGCUCCAUGGACCAGGCAGACCUGGCCAAGUUCCUCCAGUUUGUGACGGGCACGUCCAAGGUGCCACUGCAGGGCUUUGCAGCUUUAGAGGGAAUAAACGGUGUCCAACGCUUCCAGAUCCAUCGGGAUGGCCGGUCCACUGACCGGCUGCCAUCGGCCCAUACUUGCUUCAACCAGCUGGACCUGCCGGCCUACGAGACUUACGACAAGCUGCGCACCAUGCUGCUCAAGGCCAUCCAGGAGUGCACCGAAGGCUUUGGCUUCAACUGAGGGAAAGAGGAGAGGAUCGACAGCUUGUCACUUUUUUCUGUUUUUUUUUUUUUUCGUUUAGGAAUUUAACUCUUUCUUCAUCCCUUGUUUCUGUGUCCCUUGUACAGUAUGAGGGUUCCCUCUAUUGCUCCGUAGAGCAGCAAGCAUGCGGACUUUACCAGUUGCUUUUCUGUAUUUGAUUUUUUUCAACCUGUCCCAACCUUUGGCAGUGUCUUCAUUUUGUUCAACGACAGCGAAAGUUGGCUGCAUGUCUAUAGGAGAUUGUAUGUAAUGGCUGGGGGUUUUUAUAUACAUAUACUUAUAAAUACUACGAGCAUUGUUUGGCCAGAAAUGUGCGUGUGCUUAUUUCAGUAUUGUAUGUUCGUUUUCUUUCUCCCCCUCCGCGGUGCUGUGGGCGGAGGCGAAGCUCGUGCUUUUUUUUAUGUGGUGUCGUUGAGGGAAUGGUGUGCUGCUCGGAGAAAAAGAUACACUGGCUCUUUCUAUUUA